CUUUCCCAUGCAAACCGGCCCUUCAGAGGGUCUCAGAUUGGGGUUUGCAAUGGCUGGCAGCCCCAGAAAAGACACAUGCCCUUCAUUCCAAUGUGUGAACGUGCCCUGGCUUUCACCUUUGUGCAGACCAUCAUCUGAGGUGAGCAACUGCCUGCUGGGCCUCCUAGCACCAAACCUACAGUGGCUUCCCCUGGCUUCGUUCCCAAGCAAAAGAAUCACAGUUAAGAAUCACAUAUUUGCUUAUGGCUUACAAAUAAAUACGCUGAAUCAACGUGUAUUACCGUCUCAGAUCUCCAACCAAGGGGGUGUCACGUUCUCUUCCCUGAGUGAUGAUGUGAUUCUUGCUGACUUGGGUGUUCAAAAGCUUGAACUUGAGCAUAGCUCACUCUUCUCAGUAUGUCUCAUAUGCCACUGACUAUGCUAGAGUUGACUCACCCAGUCCGCUCUCAGUGCAGUUGAUCUCUGGACAUGAAAUGCUGGGUUAUUAUAUAUAUACAUGGAGAGAGAGCGGGGCAGGGUCUCACUCCGUCACCCAGGCUGGAGUGCAAUAACAAGAUCAUGGCUCACUGCAGCCUCAAUCUCCCAGGCUUAGAUGAUCCUCCCAGAUACAGCAUCCCAAGUAUCUGGGACUACAGGCAUGCACCACCAUGCCCAGCUACUUUUUGUAUUUUCAGGAGAGAUGGGGUCUUGCCAUGUUGUCCAGGCUGAUCUUGAACACUUGAGCUCAAGCAAUCCACCAACCAUGGCCUUCCAAACUGCUGGAUUACAGGCGAGCCACCGCACCCAGCCAACGUCUACGUAUUUUAAACUGGCUAAAUCAAAUUUCCCUUUGAAGAGGUUGUGUGCUUCCUAUCACUGGACAUCUUUGCCAAUCCUUUUUGAAAGCAAGUAAAUAAAGUCCUGGGCAGGGGACGGGGUGCUUGAAAUAUACUCUAUUCACAGCAUCUCCUCAGACAGCAAAUCUCACCUCCAGCUCCAUUAAACUUAAUCAAGUCAGACUUAACCAGGCUCCUAGCGCAGACCCUAGCUGUGUGGUCCGGGGGCUUCCACCAGCUACCCCAGUGCCUCGGGCCUGGCUAAACAGAAAGGCUGUUUAGGAACCCGCAGCUCUCCACAGACCUCCUUGAAAGUGCUAGCAGUGGAAGAGACUGGUAUAUCAAAGACUUUAAGGCCAGGUGGGGUGGCUCAUACUUGUAAUCCCAGUGCUUUGAGAGGCUGAGGCAGGAGGAUCGCUUAAGACUGGAAGUUCGAGGGUGCAGUGAGCUAUGAUCAGGCCACUGCAUUCCAGCCUGGUGGACAGAGUGAGACCCUCUCAAAAAAGGGAAAUGGAGGGGAGGGAAAAAUGGAAUUCAAGAACAUGUGCCUAUCUCUAGCUGUUACCAAGUGGAUGGUUUGCCUACCAACUGAGGUUGGUCGUUGACAGCAGUGUAAGCUUGAUCACUGCUAGCUCAGACCCUGAGGCAGGCGUGCAGGCUGUUCAGCUAGCAGUAUCACAGAGGUUGCACUGUAUUUGCACAUAACUGCCCUCCUGGCUGAAUGCCAAGUCAGACCCUGAGGCCCUGACCCUGUAGGUAGGUAGCCUCUGCUUACAAGGGUGUUGUUUUGCUUUUUUGACUUCAAAAAAAAUACUCCGUGUGCAACUGAAAAAAGGCAAAGCGUUGCUCUGUCACUUCUGCGGGGAAACAAGAGGAGCCCCAGUCUGGUUCAUACUGGUCAGGACAACACACCCCAGUGCUUUCUGGCAAGAGGGCAGUUCCCCUUUUCUGCAUGGUAGUGAAUCAGAUGGAUGUCAACCGAUAAACUGACUCACAGCCACACCGUGCACCACCUGCCCAUCGUGUCCACAGCAAGGAAUGCAGAGCUUUUCAGAUGUCAAAAACCAAGAAUAGCUUGCUUUAAAACAGCAAAACAAAACAGCCUAUUCUUGCCUCUUCCCUGGUCAUGCUUACCAUCCAUGGUGGCUCUAGAUACAGAACUCUGGCGAAAAGGAGCUGAAUAACAAUUCCAUUACCUCGUUCUACCCCCACAUCCUUAACAAGGGCUUCAUUAUACUUCAGGGUUUUCCAAUUCAGUCUGGAAUUCCUUCACCAAAUGCCAGCCGCGGUCAUUUCCUUGGGCGAGAGAAGCAUGCCAGAGACCGAAGAGAAUCAGAAGCGGUGGGUGUGCAGCACAGCACGUGCGGGAGAGAGGACUGUCACUUCUGAGAAUUACACUGAGCUUGGUUCUAAUUCAACCUCAGCUAGAGCAGAAGGAACAAGCAUCAGCAGUGACCAAGAAAUUGCAGAAAGCCAGCGUGCCUCGUCGACUCCACUCCCUUCCACUCCCCCUUCCUCUGCCUACCAGCCCUUCAAACGCGACCUACCCCAGCUGGCCCCAGCAGAGGAAGGGCUCAGAGCCACUUAUGAAGUACCUAAGAAUUUAAUCAAAGGAAAAUCAGACCUGUCUACAUUUACCUCAACACGAGCAGGAUGUGCAGGUUUGUUGCAUAGGUAAACGUGUGCCAUGGUGGUUCACUUCACCUAUCAACCCGUCACCAAGGUAUUAACCCCAGCAUCCAUUAGCUCUUUUCCCUCAGGCUCUCCCUCCCCCUGCUCUCUCCCAACAGGCCCCAGGGUGUGUUGUUCCCCUCCCUGUGUUCAUGUGAUCUCAACGUCCAGCUCCCACUUAUAAGUGAGACAUGUGGUGUUUGGUUUUCUGUUCCUCUGUUAGUUUGCUGAGGAUAAUGGCUUAGGAUCGGCUACUCUGAAAACUCAACUCCACGUUGGAUCAUACGAAAAACCUAAGGUUGGGCAAGAUCUGUAUUAGAGAAUAAAACCAUUAUUGAGCAUGAUCAAUCAUAGUAUUUUAGAGAUAGGAGAGAUUUUCAGUCUAAUCAAAGCCAGUUCCUUCAUUUUAUAGAAAAAGAAAUGGAAGCCAGUAAAGAAAGAUUAAGGGUCAAACUAAGGUAACAUCACUAGUUAAGGGCACGAGGCUUAGAAGCCAGGCAAUCUGAUUUGCCAGGUUACAAAAUAACUUUCCCAUUUAGAUGUAGUCAAAGUGAUUUUGAAACUUGAUAGAUUUUUGGUAAUAAUCAUCAAAUUACACAUAUCACAUGGCACUAAUACAGGCCAGCAAUUUCAGUACUUCUGUGGUUGACGUCUGACAUCUAAAGGGACCUCCAAAGAAUCUGUGAGCUCAGCCUGUGUGUUAUCUGUGCCUCUCCUCCAUGGGAGACAUUACAGUGUCACAGGGACAACCACAUGUGUCACCAAAAACAAUGACAAGUGAAAUGCAGUAAGAAUAAUUUGGACAAUGGGAAGCCCAAGAAAUGCGUGCCACCAGGUCUUAUUUAAGUAGGGCAUCCUUUGCAGACACCUGGUGGACGCCAACUCAAUGAUGUGUGCAAUUCUGGAACUCACUGUACUUAUUUCUAAAUGAAACACCAACAGGCUCCAGAUAGCAAAUUCGAAUUCCCACUGUUAGUUUGUAGUAAAACUGCUAAGAAACCAACACAAUGGCUUACACUGUUCAUACUCUGUGGCGUAAUCUUUUUCAGUAUAACCCCAAAUGUCACCCAGUCUAUUUCUUCCAGCUUCUCUCUUGCCAUCUUUUCCUUGAUCUGAGACAGUCUGAUCAGUUUUCGGCCAGUCAUUUUCUUGUUCAUUUCUGUGGAGGAUACUCGAGGCCGCCUGGGUUAAGAAACCAGCGAUUAGUAAUUGUGAUUCUAAUAAAAAAUUACCUGGCACCUUAGCAGGUGGUAAGGGAGUGUGAUGGGCAGAAACCUCUACAGUACCUGUUCUCAGGAUGCUUAGUUAUAUAGAUCCAUUUUUACAGCAAAUACAUAAAAAUACGAUUUUUUUUUUUUUUGGAGAUAGAGUCUCACUCUGUUGCCUAGGCUGGAGUGCAGUGGUGCGAUCUUGGCUCACUGCAGCCUCCACCUCUCAGGUUCAAGUGAUUCUCCUGCCGUAGCCUCUUGAGUAGCUGGGGCUCCAGGCACGUGCCAGCACGCCCAGCUAAUUUUUGUAUUAGCUGGUCUCUAACUCUGGACCUUAAAGCGAUCCACUUGCCUCAGCCUUACAAAGUAUGGGGAUUAAAGGCAUGAGCCACUGCACCCGGCCUGCAAGGUAAUUUCUAAAGCUAGGUUUGCCUUUCUUUGGUUAUAGAUCUAGGGCUUACAUAGAACACAAGAAAGAUCACAAAUUCUUUAAGCUCUUAAAUUAUGCAAAUUUUAACAUCCUGAAUACAAUCCUUUUUUAUUUUACAAAACCAUGAAUUGAUAUUCAUAAAUAAGGCAUUUAAAUUUCAAUUAUGCAAGAAUUUCACAAGCUUUGCUACUCUAAUUGAAUUUUCUUAAAGUCAACAUUUUGAUAUGCAACUUUGACAAAGGCUUCCGA